GUGUGUGCGCGCGCGCGUGUGUAUGUGUUUGGGCAUGUGCUGAUGUCAGAGGGGAGGAGGGACCGGCCCCCAUAGCGCGCAGCAUGAACGCGCGGAGGCAAAAGGAUGUGUGAGCAGGCAGCGCGCAACUGCAGGGACGUCGUCCACAAGCUGCUCCACAAGGAACAAGGCAAACUCCGCGCGCAGGACAGCGGCGAGCAGCCCAGAGGCGGCGGGCCGCGGGACAGCGAGACAGCGACGGCUGCACCGGCCCAAAACAGCGGCGGAGGAGCCCAGCCCGGGGGAAUCGACGGGCUCGUCCGCUGGAUAGUCACCAAGAUGAGCGACAACAAAAGCAUCUCGACGCGGGAGUACGCCAAGGAGGAGGAGGAGGUGGCCGUGGCCCAGGAGCAGUUCUUCGCCCCGGAGCCGCGGAAAGGCAUCUCCGUCAUUCUGGACAUAUUCCGGAGAGCUGACAAGGAUGAUGAUGGAAAGCUUUCCCUGGAUGAGUUCCAGGCUUUCUUUUCAGACGGGACCCUGAACGAGGAGGAGCUGGAGAAGCUGUUCCACACCAUUGACUCUGAUAACACCAGUAAUGUUGACACUAAGGAACUAUGUGACUACUUCGCCAAACACAUGGGGGACUAUGAAGGUGUGCUGGCAUCCCUGGAAACACUCAACCUUUCAAUCCUCAAAGCCAUGGACUUCACCAAGAAGGUAUAUGAAAGAGGAACUAAUAUUGAGCAGUUUGUGACUCGCUUCCUGUUGAAGGAAUCAGCCAAUCAAAUUCAGUCUUUGCUCAGCUCUGUGGAGAGUGCAGUGGAUGCUAUUGAUGAACAGCAUUGCCCUGUAGGAUCAUACCCCAGUAAAACCAGUCCACGUGUUCCAGAAAAGCACUAUGAAGUCCCUGUGCCAGAUUACCCUCCCAAUAACAGAGUCAGUGCCAAGGAGACCGUGAGGAACCUUAAUGUGGCCCAGGGGCCUCCAGAGGUGAGGAAAGAAGGCUUGGAGACUCAGAUCAACCGCCUAGCUGAGCUCAUCGGACGCCUGGAGAACAAGACAGUCUGGUUUGACCUGCAUCAGCGGCUAACAGACACUGAUGGUACAACCAGCGCAUCCCUCUACCUGAUCCGCCAAGAGAUGACUGUAUGCCAGAAGCAGCUGGGAGAGUUCUGUGAGGCCCUGAAGCAGUACCUGAAGAACGUCUCAGCCCAGAGAGACUGUUUCCAUGUGACUGCAGUGCGGCUGCCCGAUGGCCUCUCUUUUGUCCUGUAUGAAUUCUGGGAUGGGGAGGAGGAGUGGAAAAGACACCUCCAGACUGCAGCCUUCAAGGCCUUCCAGCAUGUGAAAGUGGACACGCUGUCUCAGCCCGAGGCCGUGGCCAGUGUGGCUGUGCCAGCGGCCUGGUGCAGCCUUAGCAGAGAAUGAUUGGAAGAGAGCCAGUCUGCGGGUAGAAGACCCACCUUAGCCUGAAUCCCUCCCACCCCACCACUUCCACACUCCUUCUCUUCCUCUUCUUCAGCCAUAAACCCUUUUCCUACGGCUCGGUUUCCCCCCUAAUCUCUCCCUGCUCACUCUAACCCACGCUGCUUCUCCCCCUCUCUCUCCACAUCUGCUGUCCCUCUCUUUUGUACCUACUUGUUUACAUGGUGUUGGUUUCAUACUGAGACAAAAGCAGAAGCGCUGACUGCAGAGAAUGUGGAACAUAGUGCUGAUUCCUUCUUUAACUGCGUUAAGCUCACUCACUCCUAACAGGAACUGCACUGGGACAGAUUUCCAUCGGGAAUCCCUCACGGCUGCUAAGCGGCUCAAAACACAGCGAAAAUAUCCUAUUAGCCGUCUCCAGUUACAUAAACAGUUUCUCACCACCCACGAGAGGCACGAUUAAUUUUUCAUGGCUGUUUGGUAAUCUACAAUAACACAAACACGCAUUCAUGUUUAGUAAACAGUUUCUCAGCAGAGAUGGACAUGGCCACAGUCGAGGGUUUAUCCAGCCUGCAGACGACCUGAGUAUCUGUUAGGAAGUGACAGGUACGUUUAUCAGCCUCUCUCUGAAAUGUUCUGAUGUGCUGUUUCCAUCAAAUGCUCAAGAACCCACAGUCACGCACCAACCCAGUUUAAAGUGCAAGUGAAGUUAAUGUUUACUUAAAUGAGGUUCAUAGAGAACGUAUAUCAGAGUAAGCUACCGUAAAAAAAAAUAAAAAAUAUCUUAGAAAUAUAUGAAUUGUUUAUUGAGAAGAAUUUUAUGGAACAUUUAAAUACAUUCACAGGAAAUCAAAACAUAGAAACCUUCUUUGUUAAGCAUUCCACAAUCCAGACGUUACCAAAAUAGUGUAUUUAUUAAAUAGCAUUCAUAAUUUCACCACCCACAAAAGACCAAACUGCCUCAUAACUAAUUAUGGAAUGUGGAUUUGUGUUUGUGUAAGUAGAAUUGUAUGGAAUUCCCUGUGGGCUCUUGGAUGAACAGGUUAAAAAAUAUUUAUAAAAAACCCAGGUGAAACAAACGUCCCCCAGACUUUCUGUAACAUUCUUAGCUGUUUGCUUCCCCAGACAACCCAGCUUCCUGCAACCCCACCCCAUUCUACCCCAUUAAUCCCAUCCCACCCCAUCCCUCACGUGAGUGCAUGGUCCAAUGAAUGUCCAGUAACUUAUUUGCUGUAGUAUUUAGAUAUGCUACUUUCAAUGGAUUUUGUGCAUUUCUUAAUUUCUUUUAUAAUACUCCAGUUUAAAAGAAAAAGAGUGAAACUGAGAAUUACACAAGUGGAAUAAGAACUCCAGUAUGAAGUCACUUUUAUGGCAUUGUUUAAUGAAAUACAACUUCUUAUACCUAUGUAUGUUUCCGUAAAACUGGCUUUCUCUAUUAAAAGUGAGUGUAGAGACUUAUUGCAGGGAUGCAAAUAUAUUCGUCUGAACUUUGUUUAAAAUCUAGAUUAUGUAGAGUGAUGCAACUCAAUAAAAAUAAAGGUCUAAAGUGAA